GCCGCCUGCGCAUACAACGCCGAAGCACUGCCGAUAGCACUCGCGCACGGCGGAAUUUUCAAAUAUAAAUAAAAACGGGAUGAAAAUUUUCUCUAUCAACAAAUACUGCGGAAUGGACUGAUUGUUUACUUUACAAAUCUAUUUUGGAAGUGACUUUUGUUUACGAUAAAAUGUUGUGGGAGAACGGUCUAACUGAGGAGUCAGAAACGAUGCCACAGACAGUACCAAGGUCCGGGUUUAGCCCGCCUUCAGCGUCUCAAAGUGAAAGAGCUGUACCAGCGUCACCCUCCGACAUACACCAUCUGUUGCGGCUCCUCGGUGCAGAGUCUCCACCAGAGCCCAUGCUACAUUCCCCACCUACACAUAACAAGCCACCUCCUCCCUAUCCAGAAGACAAUCAAUUGUUAGAGCGUCUUUACGAAUUUGAAGCCUAUCCUACACCCUCACCAUCCUCAGACGAAGGAAAUAUUCCCACAGUUGCUCUCCAACCCUCUUCACCUUAUAACUCAUUCCAAUACUCCCCAAUAUUCAUCAAAGAAGAACCAAAUAGGCUCAUAGUGCCCGGUUUUGCCUCACCUUAUCCUUUGUCACCUUCAGGCUCCUCGUACAGCAGUUAUAAUCAAUACUCCUCACCAGCUCCACAACACGAAGAAUAUAUUGAUAUAGAGGAACUUCUGAAAGAGAAUCAAAUACUACAAGACAGCAUACAACAUCAGUACAUUACGCCUAAAUUAGAAGUCGAAGAGCCAAGAGAUCACAUUUUACUAAGAUCAGCGCUGGAAGAUACAACAUUCCAAAAAAGACACAAUCUGAGACCAAUUCCCAUAGAACUAGGAACAGUAAAAAUGGAAGAAAGCAGUGGAGGUGCUGACAACGAUGUUUUGGUGGCACCUGAUAUAGACCGUAUGCUUUCUAUGGCCAUCGAGCAAUCAAAACGAGAUGUUGACAACACGUGUACGGUUCUGGGCAUAUCACCAGAUCCAAUGCAAUGGAGUGCGAGUGACGUUAAAUCUUGGGUGAUGUUCACGGUCCAACAUUACAACCUACCAAUGGUGCCUACAGAAUACUUUGCUAUGGAUGGUCCAGCAUUAGUCGCCUUAAGUGAGGAAGAUUUCAACCAAAGAGCACCCCAGGCGGGAAGCACAUUACACGCUCAGUUAGAGAUCUGGAAAGCAGCACGACAUGAUAGUUGGAGGAGUACUCCGUGGGCAGAGCAAGAGCAACCCUCCCCUAAACCCACGCCAGUUGGUCUUCCUUCUGCUGAAGAUACAAGUGAAGAUGAAGAUUCAGAGUCAGCUGGUACGAGUAUAAGUCACGGAGGAGGAAAAGUAAAGACAGGCAGUACUCACAUACAUUUAUGGCAAUUUCUCAAAGAAUUGCUGGCGUCGCCCCACAUACAUGGAUCGGCUAUCCGGUGGUUAGACCGAAGUAACGGUGUCUUCAAAAUUGAAGAUUCAGUUCGUGUUGCCAGACUGUGGGGGAAGAGAAAGAACCGGCCAGCUAUGAACUACGAUAAACUUUCGAGAAGCAUCAGGCAGUACUACAAGAAAGGCAUCAUGAAGAAAACAGAGCGAAGUCAGCGGCUCGUCUACCAAUUCUGCCAUCCUUACUGUUUGUAAAUUAUGAAAGUAAUGCCAUUGUAAAUAGUUGUAUAUAGUGGUUCGAGAGCCGCGGUAAUGCGGACAAGUAGAAAACUGUACGAAUUUUAAAACUUUAAAUUCGAAACAGUUGAUUCAAUGUCUAUCGGUGUCGAUUCAGGCGAGUACGCUUUAAUUGAGAAAUCGAUUGAAAUCCCUCCAUACAAUUCGAGAAAGGUAAUUUUCUCUAGAAUUCUAUUGGACGGGUAAUGAUUGUGUUUAGAAUUAAGUUUUUUUUACCGACGACUAGAGUACGGUGGUAAUCGAUAAUCGUUCAAUUGUACUUCGAAAGUCGGUAAUGUUUAUCCCAUAUAUCUAUGAUAUAUUUCUAGUACGUUCUAUGAACUUUUAGGUUAGUUUGUAAAUAAAUCAAAACGUGUUAUGUGAGAUUAUUUAACGAUAUUACUAGUAUAGGUUUGGAUUAUUGCAUUAUAUGUGUACGUUAUAUGAAAGAUGUUUACAGUAGAGUAAACAUAGGGACACUUGCAAUUUAGUUUUAUAAUAAUACCCGCGAAGUAUACGCGAAUGAACGAAUUUUGUGCCAAAUAGAUAAAUAGAUCGUCUAAUUUAUUCGGGACAAAAUUAAUAUCGGAUGUAUGUACCGAUGUAAAUGUAACUUAUGUUAUUAUCAAACGGUGUUGGGUCGUCUAAGUUAGAUUAAGUAAAUUUAAUUUGACGCAGUUAGCGUUCAUAGGUUUUAUCCGACCAAACUAAUAAUAUAUGAAUCAAUAAUGUAAUAUUGAUAUGAAAUAAAUGGCCAUUUAAAAAUGUUA